GGAGGGAGGGCGGACAGGCGCCAUCCCGAGCAGCCCUGGGCACCAUGCGGACUCUCUCCCGGGCCAGGCGCCUCCAGCACUUGCUCCACCUGGCGGGAGCACCCCAGCUUGUACGCAGAGCACCUGGUCCGGGAGGCGACAUGGUCUUCCUGGCGGCCCCCAGCAUCCUUCUCUCUCUGCUGCUGCUCCUGCAGCCUGUGUCCGUGGCAGCCCACUCUGUGCCCUUGCAGGCUGCCUUCCUGGAGGAGGUAGCGGGUAGCGGGGAGGCGGAGGGCUCAUCCGCCUCCUCUCCAAGUCUCCUACCAUCUUGGACCCCAGCCCUCAGCCCCACGUCCCUAGGACCCCAGCCCACGCUCCUGGCAGGCCCCUCACCCCCUACCAACUUCCUGGACGGGAUCGUGGACUUCUUCCGUCAGUACGUCAUGCUCAUCGCCGUGGUGGGCUCCCUGGCCUUCCUGCUGAUGUUCAUCGUCUGUGCCGCGCUUAUCACCCGCCAGAGACACAAGGCUUCAGCCUAUUAUCCAUCGUCCUUCCCCAAAAAGAAGUAUGUGGACCAGAGUGACCGGGCUGGGGGUCCCCGGACAUUCAGUGAGGUCCCGGACAGGGCUCCUGAUGGGCGGCCUGAGGAAGCCCUGGAUUCCUCCCAGCAGCUCCAGGCUGACAUCCUGGCUGCCACCCAGAACCUCAAGUCUCCUGCCAGGGCCACCCCAGGCAGCGGGGACAGAGCCAGGGUGGUGGAGGGCAGCCAGGGUGUGGAUCAGGAAGUCCAGGAGGCAUGUGGGGUCCCAGCGCAGGAACUAGAGGUGUCAGAGGAACCGUGCUCAGGGGUGGCUGAGGAGGCUCAGGCAGUUGGUGAGGGCCAAGGGGUGCCAGAGGGGUUUCUCUCAGUAGCCCAUGAAGCUCAGGAACCAGAAGGUCCCCCCAAAAGCCCCUGUGCUUGUGGCAGUGUCCCCCCCAGUGUCUGACAGGCCUCCUGGGCUGCGAAUCCUGACUGUCGGACCCAGGUGGUCACCUCCCUGUGCGUGAAAAAGCCAUCAGUCCUUCCUGCUUCCUGGCACCUCCUCCUUGGCCACCUGAUGCCAAUCCCAGAGAGUCCUGAGGCUACUGCAGGCGGAGAUGCUGAUCCCAGGCCUACCCCGGAGUCUCACCGGGUCCCAGUGACAUCUCUUCUUCAGCCUCAAGGGCCACAUCUCACAGUACACCCUGGAAGAGGAGGAGGAGGAGGAGGAAGAACAGGAGAUGUGUUCUCAUUAGAACCACGACAAAAUGGCCCAUGAAAUUAGCUACAGUGAUCAGGAGACAUGAGUCACAGGUCCCUUGUGAGACAGCAAACAUCAUUGCUUUUCAGUCCGAGGUACCAAAGAAAAAUAGAAUAGGCAGGUGUUUUGGAAGAGGUUAUAUGAGAGACCCUGAGAUACUUCAAGACUGAUAAAUCAGGCUGGCAGGAAGCAGUAUUUUGGAACUGAAAAUGAUCCCAUCCUUUGUGUCUUCCCAACCCCAAAUAUUUUAGUGUCACUCUGUCUCUGCUCAGAGCUGCAGUGGCACAAGUAAGCCUGGUUAAUUAGGAAGCCUCUGUUAGAAAGCCUCCACCUAUGUUAUGCCAGGUCCCCAAAUGACUGUUUCCCAAACUGGGUUCCCUGAAGUACUCCAUGGAAGCAAAAUUUCAAGGUCAAAUUUAUUGAGGAAACACCACUUUUUUAUCCACUUUCCCCCCAGCCACCAUUUUUUUAGAGUGGUGCAGAGCUCUGACAAUUUCCUCAGGAAAGGCCUCUCUUGAAUUUGGUUGUGCUUAGCCUGUCCCAAAUGUCUUUUGACUAUGAAGUACUUUUGUUUUGUUUUUGUUUUUAUAGCUACAGAGUAUAAUUCUGUAGUCCACACUCUGGAAAAUACUGCUCUUAAUUUUCCUGAAUGUGCCCUCCACCGCUCACCCCAAUUUCUGAUUGGUUUGGGUUUGGGGAUUUGGGGGUUCAACCUCUCUCAGGCGCUGCCCCCCCAUGCAACCUUGGCCUAGGGGUGAGUUUUUCACCCCACUACGACUGAUGGGACGGGGUGAGUGGAUUAAACCCUUAUUGUCAGGCCUUUGAAGCAGCCUAGAAGCUGGGGGUCUGUGUCUGAGGGGACUUUCAUGCUGGGAAGUCCAAAGGGACAGGGGAAGGUUUCUGACGCCUAGCUGGAACGGCGAGGGGGGCUCUGGCCACCUGCCCUUGCUCACAAAUGUUGUCUGGCAGCCUGUGUUCACAGUAUUCAGUCUUCUGACAGGGAGCCUGGGCUCCAUCCUGCUUUGGGGAGGCUCUCAGGUGGGGGUCCUCUCCCCUGUCCGUCUACCUGGGGCUGCCCCCACCUCUGCACAGCUUUCCAGGUGCUGAGAUGUAACACACCAGCAUAAUAAACCUUUAU